GCGAGGGAGGGGGCGGCGCCGUCCCGCGCUCCUCUCCGCGCACCCGCCCGGCGUCAUGGCCGCGGACCCGGCCCCGCACGGGAAGGCUGCGACGCUGGCGCGGAGGCGGCGGCUGCUCAGCUCUUCCUGCAGACUCUUUUUUCCUGAGGACCCUAUUAAGAUUGUCCGGGGCCAAGGGCAGUACAUGUAUGAUGAACAGGGAGCAGAAUACAUCGAUUGCAUCAACAAUGUGGCUCACGUUGGGCACUGCCACCCUCUCGUGGUCCAAGCAGCACAUGAACAGAACCAGGUGCUCAACACCAACAGUCGAUACCUGCACGACAACAUCUUGGAUUUCGCACAAAAGCUGUCGGAGACCCUGCCAGAGGAACUCUGUGUGUUUUAUUUCCUGAAUUCUGGGUCGGAGGCCAAUGACCUAGCCCUGAGGCUGGCCCGCCAGUACACAGGACACUGGGACGUGGUGGUAUUAGACCAUGCUUAUCACGGUCACCUGAGCUCCCUGAUCGACAUCAGCCCCUACAAGUUCCGGGACCUGGAUGGCCAGAAGGAGUGGGUCCAUGUGGCACCUCUCCCAGACACAUACCGGGGCCUCUACCGGGAGGACCACCCCAAUCCGGCUGAGGCCUAUGCCAGUGAGGUGAAACGUGUGGUCAGCAGUGCACAGGAGCAGGGCAGGCAGAUUGCCGCAUUCUUCGCUGAGUCUCUGCCCAGUGUGGGCGGGCAGAUCGUUCCCCCUGCUGGCUACUUCCCGGAAGUGGCAGAGCACAUCCGCAAAGCUGGAGGAGUCUUUGUUGCAGACGAGAUUCAAGUGGGCUUUGGCCGAGUAGGCAAGCACUUCUGGGCCUUCCAGCUGCAGGGGGAAGACUUUGUCCCUGACAUUGUCACCAUGGGCAAGUCCAUUGGCAAUGGCCACCCUGUAGCCUGCGUGGCCACAACCCAAGCUGUGGCGAGAGCAUUUGAAGCCACCGGUGUCGAGUACUUCAACACGUUUGGGGGCAACCCAGUGUCCUGUGCAGUGGGGCUGGCCGUCCUGGAUGUCUUAGAGAAGGAACAGCUGCAGGCUCAUGCUGCCUGUGUGGGCAGCUUCCUGAUGGAGCUCCUCCAGCAGCAGAAGGCCAAGCAUCCUAUCAUCGGGGACAUCAGGGGCGUCGGACUUUUUAUUGGUGUGGAUUUGAUCAAAGAUGAGGCCACAAGGAUGCCAGCCACUGAAGAAGCUGACUAUUUGGUAUCCAGGAUGAAGGAAAACUACAUUUUGCUAAGCACUGACGGCCCUGGGAGGAAUGUCCUGAAGUUUAAGCCCCCAAUGUGCUUCAGCCUGGACAACGUACAACAUGUGGUGGCAAAGCUGGAUGCCAUCCUAACAGGUAAGCGUAAAGCCCCGUGUCCAGCUGACCAUGUGCCCAGGACCCAGCCCAGCAGCUACAAUGGUCUAGUGUACUCAGGGGAAGGGGGUGGAACAGCUGAGCUAGGUAUCCUCUGGACAGUGCAGGAAGCAAGGAGCUCAAGUGGAGAGGGGGGUCUUACUGACCCAGGUCACUUCUAUUUCUGCCUGUGCUGGUGGGGCUUCCCAAGCACUGGGGAGGUGGGAGCUGAGCCACUCCCAAGGGCUAUGCAUGCAAAGCUGUGGGCAGGGGUGGCCCCCUAAAUAGGCAAAGUCCCCUCUCUUAGAUGAUCAGAACCACCCCUCCCUGUCCUCCACCUCUGGGCUAUUUCACUUCUGCCCCCAGGGCUCCAGAGCUGAUUGGGAAGUGGUAUAAAACUUGCUGGAUGAGGUGAGGCACACUAGCUUAGGUUUCCUAUAGGAGCCUCUGGUUGAAUCUGGGUCUUGGGAAACUUGAGGGCAGGCUUUAUCCUUUGGGAAUAUUGUUGCUGAUCCUGUGGCUGGUGCCACAUAUAUAUAGGUCAAGUGUGGGGGAUCAUGGCCCUAUCCAGUGAGCCCAACUCCAAACUGCCAUCCAAGAAGCUUAGACACUGAAGGCAGGAGGAGCCUUUAGCAGAAGAGAAAGGUUAACCAGUUUGGGUGGCCAUGGGGUCUUUUUCAGACAUGGAAGAAAAGGUGAGAAGUUGUGAGACACUAAGGCCCCAGCCCUCUGGUAGCCCUGCCCUGUCAUGUCCUUUACUAGG